CUCCUGCGCAGCGCCGCAGCCUGCCCCCGCGACCACCGCCUCCCCACCCCCACCCCCGGGACAUCCUUGCGAGAUCCUUCCCCAGCCCCCCCUCCACGGGAGAGCCUUGCAAGAUCCUUUCCCACUCCCCAUAGGAGAUCCUUCCCCAACAAGCCCCCCAAGGGAGUUGCUUGCGAGAUGCUUUCCCAACCCCCCAUGGCAGUCAGACACGGGCACUUGUUGAGCCCUUGGCCAGUGUGGGGUGAGAAAUGCCUGGGUCCCCGCUGUGAUGUAUGGGGAGCAAGAGGAGUGCACACACAGCUUGGAGGCUGCAGGGAGUUUGCCCCAAUUCGACUUUCCUAAGCUUUCGGGUAGGUUUCUUGCACCGAGCAGCAGCCUUUCUGCCCCGGCAAAGCUGUAAGUCCUGGCUUUGCUACUUUGUUGAGUGUCUUCUGGGCUCCCACCCAGAAUCACUCUAACCAGACAGCCUGGUUACCCCAGGAGAAAUCUUGGGGGUACUCCAGAGGUAUGUGGGCAUUGCCUCCUCUUUAUGGACCUGUGAAGGAUGACAAUACACUCAAGGCUACUGCCAGGUCACUGGUUGCCUCUGUAAGUGAUUGUGCCUGGCCUGGUUUGAGGGAAGUCAAAACCUGGGACAAUCCUAGAUUCAACUGGCUGUCUGAUGUUCACCUGAAAGCCACACUUCCCCUUCUGGUCUGGGUAGUCAUGUCUGGUGCCUCCAUUCUUUGGAGCAGGAAGUGGAGAUUUGGUCCAGAGAUCAUGCUGGAAGCGAAGGAAGGCCCUAUGCAGGACUCUGCAGGUUACCCUUUUCCUACCGCUCCUCCUGUGGAUCCAUUUGCAAAAAUUAGAGUGGAUGAUUGUGGAAAAACUAAGGGAUGCUUCAGGUACGGUAAACCUGGCUGUAAUGCAGAGACUUGUGACUAUUUUCUAAGUUAUCGUAGGAUAGGAGCUGAUGUAGAGUUUGAGCUGAGCGCCGAUACUGAUGGCUGGGUGGCAGUGGGAUUUUCCUCAGACAAGAAAAUGGGUGGAGAUGAUGUCAUGGCUUGUGUUCAUGAUGACAAUGGACGGGUCCGAAUACAGCAUUUCUAUAAUGUUGGUCAGUGGGCUAAAGAAAUCCAGAGAAAUCCGGCUAGAGAUGAAGAAGGGGUUUUUGAAAAUAACCGUGUGACAUGUCGAUUCAAACGACCUCUGUAUGUUCCCAGAGAUGAAACAAUUGUAGAUCUUCAUUUGAGUUGGUACUAUUUGUUUGCCUGGGGUCCAGCAAUUCAGGGUUCUAUAACUCGACAUGACAUAGAUUCACCGCCUGUAUCAGAGCGUGCUGUCAGUAUUUACAAGUAUGAAGACAUUUUUAUGCCAUCAGCUGCCUAUCAAACCUUCUCUUCCCCCUUCUGCUUGCUUCUUAUCGUUGCACUGACCUUCUACUUAUUGAUGGGGACCCCAUGACCACUGCAAUGUAAAUGGAAAAUUGAGAAGAUUUGUCAGUCAGUUCCUCAGGAUGGAUGUAUUUUGUAUUGGAAUUUAUAUCACGUUAUCAUCUAGCUGCUGUUUUGACAAUUUCAGCUUCUCAGAAGAAAGAAAUACCAUCUUUUUGUGUGCUGGAGGUGUGCCAAACAGUUCUUUAAUAAUAAUAAUCGAGGAACGAUUACAUCAAUGCAAUUACUACUUGUUUAUUGAAGAAAUGGACUUUUGUAAGUUCUUUGUGUGUGUGUGUGUGUGUGUGUGGAGGAAAAUCUAGUGAUGGACUUAUAGUAUUGAAUUAUGUAAUAUGAAAUCACUUCAAGAAGUAUUAGUGGGGAAGAUAUGUUAAAUUCUUGUGGUGCAGAUAGCACUCAGAUAAAGGCAGUCAGUGCCUGAACAUGGGUUCUUGUCACAUUACUGCUGUUUAAUAAGGACUGCUUACUUCCCAACAUAUUUUGAAUCAAAAGCAAUUUACAGGCUAAAAUGGUUUUGGUGCUUUCCAAAACCAGAAUGUACUUACUUCUGGUUCUUUUUACAAACAAGCAUAAGCAUGUUACUUUUUCAUGCGAGUGGUACUCAGUGUUUUUACUAUAAUCAUGCUUCGUAGACAUAGCCCUACUUACUUUUUUUCAUUUAUGAGAUGCAAUCCUUUUUGUACAGGGAAAAAUGGUAAUUUAAAUUCUUCAUAUAUAGACAAAUAUAUAAAAUACAUAAAUUAUACAAGCCCCUACAAGCCAUAAGGCAUUUUUCCAGUAACUAAAGUAUGUCUUUUUAUAGAAAGCAAUGUUACUGAGAGAUAAAUAUUUGUUUUCAAAUAUUGUUGUGCAGUAGUGCUAAAGGGUCUGUUUUCCCUUGUUGCGUGCCAAUAAAUCCCAUUCAUGGUAAAGACAAAAAUGAGGAGUAGCUGUUAAUUAUCCCCAUAGGAAUGGAAUGUAAACCUUAACAAAAUAUUAAUAUAUGGGGAUAAAGAAAAAUAGCCACCUUAAUUUCAGUUCCAUGAGAACCAAGGGUAAAAUCAUAUUUUCUACUGCGGACAAAAGACAAAAGCAGCAGGAAAAUGUAUUUGAAUUUUCUAUUUUCAAGAGACUGGAAAGAAAGUAGUUAAAUAUUACUGGAAAUGUUAGUUGCAGAAACAUUAACUAGAAUAACACAAUAUAUACUGUAAAAGGCUUUGCGUUGUUGCUGCCCAUGUCCAGUGUUUAUAGGAUAGGGGUGUUAUGGUUAGCUUAUGGCUGUAUUAGAGUGAUGUAGCUGUAAUGGUCCAGGAAUUAUGUGAGACAAAGAUUUAUUUGGGUGAUAUCUUUUAUUGGUCCAACCACAUAGCUUUCAAAUGACAAGCUUUCAAAUGUAAGACAUUCUUCUUCAGGUCUGAGCAAAGACAUUUUUCCUCAGGCUCUGACUUGAAGAAAGUCCAAUAAAAGGUAUCAUCAAAAGAAAUCCUUGCCUCACACAGGGUUAUCUUAAACAGGGAUAUAACUGGCUUUUGUAUCUGAUUGUACAGGUAGCAUGCACUAAAAACUUAUAUGGGAUGAGGUAUAAUUACAAGUUGCAGGUUCAGGCCCUAGCUUUUGCUAACUUAUCAUGCUGCUCUACCAAGAUUAUAUAGAUUGUGCCAUAUUGGAGAACUAAGAAUUGAUGUUUCUAUCUUAAUUACUGGAUGAUGUGUAGGUGAAGCAAUAAGAAAAAGUUAACAGGAGAUGUGUUCUUUUUUUCUCAGUGUUACCUGAAUCUGAAAUUUGUAGGUUGAAUUGUUUUAGAUUUUUUCAUUAUUCAAAACUUUGUGCUGAUAUAUUUGAAAUUAAGUUUUUGCUUUUGCAAGCAUCAUCUCCAUAUUGCAAAAGGAAGAUCAACCACUAAAAAGAUUAACCAGCAUUUCCUUUCAUCUACAGUGUAAUUUAAAGCUCACUUAAAGUUGCAGGAUUGGGUUAGCAAAGGUGUAUGAAUUAGGAGAAUUAGGUGGCCAGUUUACACUUUAGGCCACUUAUGGAGCCCUUUAUUUCAGUAUAUUUCUGCAAGUGAAUGCUCCAUAGUUGAUUAACCAACUACUGUAAUUAUUUGAUAAGACAACGAGUGUCCAGGCCAAAUCUUUUCCCCUGAACAUCUGCUUUGGGCUUAGAGAAAGAACAAGUGGUUUAUCAGAGCAAAUUCGUCUUCCCUUGUGCUACCUAUCAGCAAGAAGGCUAGUUCAAUUCUCUGCCAGGGGCCAGCAAACCUUGCAGCAGCCUAAGAAUCACUAUACUUUAUAGCCAUUUCCAUAGUUCUCUAGAGGCUGCCCUAACAGCUGAAGCAUAAGAUAAAACCCAAUUUUUGCUCUUCUCAUUCUCACUCAAGUCCUCAGAUUAGUCUAGCUUGGCUAAACUCAAAAAACGGGGUCAGUAUAUACAAACACAGCAAAAAUAACACCAGAGAGAGAGAGGUUUAAUCAACCUUGCAACAGUAAAUAGAUUCAGAGCCUAAGGUAAAUCUCUGUAGUUAAUGCGAGAAACCUCUGGGUCUCGCUAAUGCAGAAAAUACAUUAAGAUUAUGAAGUUUUCAGAGAUGUCAGCUGACCCUAUGCUGUGCAUUAAAACAGAUUUUUGCCUUCACUUUCAAUUACUUGGGUUUUGUGAUAAAGCUUUUCUACCCUUUAUUUGGCAGCACCGUGUAUCAUGUAGCUCUGUAUUUUCCCUUUUGUUCAGAUAUUGGUAGUGCUUACUCUGUAACACCUCUUCUCCAAGGAUCUUAAAGUGCUUAAUUAGCACCGGUUAGACCUCCUACAUUAUAGGGAAAAUACACAUUUACAAAAAAGAAAAAGCUAAGCAAUGUGUUGUUUCUGUCAAGUGAUCUCUGAGUUUAGUUCUGUUAUUAUUAAACUCUUCUAUAAUUUUUCAAAGAUAAGAAGGGCAGGAUUCCUGCCCCAGAGAAUUUACAGUUAGCACAGGUUUAAUGGAAAAAAGUUUUAAAAGAAUUGCAUGCUGCAAACAAUAGUACAGGAUUCCAAACUUGAGAAUGAUUAAAAGUGGAGAAAUAGGAAUAGGGAGAAAAGGGGCAUCUUAGAGCAUGGGUACUCAACCUCCAGCCUGUGGACUGAAUGUGGCCUACAGAACCGUUGCAUCUGGCCCAUGGGGCUCCCCACAGGUGGGAAAUUUGGCAACAGGGUAGCAGUGACCACCCUCCUCCAGGGUCAAAUUCCCAUGCCCCCUCACCCAGCAUAGGCAGAUCGAGGCCGUGGCACACCCCCUCACCAGCACCCAACUGAAUCUGGGCUGGGCCCCCAGCCUGCUGCUGCCUCAGGCACCAAAUUUGGGCCACCAGCGACAUCUGGCCCAUGGAUGGAUCAGGAACCGCCCAUCCAACCUGCCAAGGAAAAAGGUUGAGUGCUGUUGUCUUACAGUGAAGGAAGUCAGUCUGAUCACAGUACUCUCUCUAUGGAGUUGGCAUGAAGACAACAAAGGUGAGGAGUUAAUUAAAACUGGGAACUAAAUUAUGUUUUGAGUAGAAAGAUAUUCUUAACCGCAUAGUCCCUUUCUCAUUACUGUUGCUACAAUUUGCUCUCUGGGAAAAUUUGACACUUAAAAAUGUUUGGAAGAUGUUUCUUGCCAGCUACAAAAUCAAACCUAUCUGGAAACUCCUUAUGGACAAAAGAAAUUCCAGAAUUGAGCAUGCUCUAGCCAAAGUAACAACAGAUUGGAAGUGAGAGGACAGAAGCAACCAAGUUCCAGAACUGUUUGCUAAGGAAUGUAAAAUUGUUAGGCUACUAUUACUUGGAGAGGAAAGAACUAAGAGAAAACCACAGCACUGCUGUAAUAAAUGAGUUGGGGUUGGGUCUUAAUGGGCACAUCUACAUGUUCAGUAAGCUACUGCGCAGUAAGUGGUUUUUAGGUUGUUGUCUACAUGUGCAGCCAUUAAAGCACAGUAACACUAUGUGUGGACUGACUUGGGACUAACAUUAGUCCCAAGUCAGUCCACACACAGUGUUACUGCGCACCCAAGGCAUCUACACACGCGUUACUGAGCGUAAUUGGGCAUACAUUUGAUGCCUGCAUCAUGCUGGUAUUAAAUUUACGCCCAAGUCAGCAUAAGCCACCAUAGUUACAGUGCAGUAUUGGUGUGCAUGUGUAGACACGCACCCGUACUGCAUAGUAAUUUUUAGGUUACUCUGUAGUAACUGAAUUACUGCGCAGUAAAAUGUGCAUGUGUAGACGUGUCCAGUCAAACUUAACUUUUCAUGCCAUGUAUUUAAGUAGCAGUAACAAAGUAAACCUAGUGACUUCUCAUAUGCUGUUUUUAAAAAACAAAUAGCAACAAAUAGUCCCUGGUAGUGCCUGUAAACUAGCCUUAUAGUGAAUUUAUGGGUUUAUGGAAGCUGUCCUUUAUACUAAAAGUCCUCGUUAUUCCCUGAACUGGUGUGCCUUGGGCAACAGCAGCACAUGCAGCUUCAUAAAUGUGCAUCAGCCCUGACUUUGAGCAUCUAUCUUUACUAGAGAGAAUAGUUCAUAUUGUUUUUUAGCCUCCUUAGGGGACUACUAACCAAGUGGCUGCUAAAGAAGAAUCAUUCAAAGGUCUUCCAUAUGCUUGUGAGAAUAAUGAAUUCUGGUACUACCUGGUAUCUGUGUACAAACAUAGGGAUUUAGGGAUUGUUUGCAGGCAGAGGGCUGUGCAUAUACACAGUAUGAGGCCUUUGGAAGUGUAGCUGUGAUUGAUUGGUGUAACGAUGAUGUUGGAACAAGCAGACCAUAAGGUACUAGUUACUAUUAAAUACUUUAUGGCUGCCUCCAAAAAGUCUCAGUUGAAAUUGCUGCUUAUUAUGUUACCCUUCUGUCACCUUUUACUGCUUUAUAUUUUAUACUUAGCUUGUAAGCUUUUUGGACCAGGGAUCAGCAUUUUCUUCUCUGUGUACCAGGUGCAAUCUGUACUCUUUGCUGGGGCCUUUAGGUGCUGUGACAAUACAAAUAUGAGUAUUAACUAUAACUCAUAAUAAUAACUAGCUAGCUUAUCUUACCUCUAAGAAAAAGAAAGAGAAGUAGGAAGGGAAGUGCAUUGAAGAGUCAUUUUAUUUUCGUGGAGACAAAUAAUUAUGAAAGUUUAAUUUAUAGCAUAAAUGUUCACAGAACCUAAAGUAUAGCAUGAGAAGUUAACAGUGUAACUUCUUUUGUAACCUAUUUGAAAGUGAAGACAUUCAUCCAAAAUUCUGAAGCAGAAUAACAUUUUGAUUCCAGAGUAGGAAAUAUAGUGGGGACGAUGUUAACAUCCUCUACUAUUCCACUUGCUUUUCCACUCUUAAGAGGGCGUAAAGGGAGUGGAGACUUGUGAGUUCCCUAAGGGUGCACCCAGUUUGCAGAAAUCCUCAGCAAAGACGCUGCCUCUGGCACUCUUCACCAUCACCAACAAGGGUUAAGGGGACUGACUGCAGCAUGACAUGCUCUGCUAAAUGCUAGCUAUCAGGUAAUCCCUUUCAGGGAUCUAUGGUGACAAUCUAACUUCCUGACUGUCCUCAUUCCUUUCCCUACAGCACCAGCAUAAGCUGUGAGCAGGAGACUAUAUGGCCCUCUAUGGAAUACAUCCAUUGCAAACUUACUUCAGUGCAGGUACUUAAAACUACAAUGCAGCUGUUUAUGUUAAAGAUCCAGUACAGACACGUAUCACAGUUGUCACUGGAUCAGUCCUUCUGCCUAGUCUCUUCUCUUUCACAGUGGCCUUACUCAGAUGCCUCAGAAGAUAGUGUAUAAACAACAGUUUAUUACAAUUACCUGCUGUUUAGAAAAGUUUUUCCUACUGCUGGGUAGAUAGCAUCUACCUUGUGUCCUGAAGCAAUGAAGGCUUAUGUUCCUUAAGUAUUUUUGCACUCUUUUGCAAAACAGUGGAUGGUGUUCUUAUAAUUCACAUAAAUGCUUGAGUCUUUCUGAAAUGUUCAUCCUUUUUGACACUGUGUUAUGGUUUUAAAUUCAACAGAUUUCUUUUAUGUUCUUUAAAGGCAAGAUUAUCAGAUUUAAUGUGGGUGUGAAGGAGAGUUGGCAGGAAAUAAGGACUGUGCUGGCCGCCUCUAUGUGAUGAAAAAGUUUUGAGACAGUAGUAUGAAAUCCUUGCCAGCUGUAAAUACUGUUUCAGCUCUCUAUAAAGCAGUAUUAAAGAUGGUGUGGACAAGCAAGAGGAGCCAAGACCCUCACCCCGUAUUUUCCUCUUUUCCAUUGUUACUCAUCUUAGCAAUACACCAGACUGCAGAGCUGUGAAAACUAACUGUGUCCCUGUCAGUGCUCUCUUCCCAGCCUGCCUUUGUGGGUACUGCAGCUAUCCACAACCUCAGGCUCAGGACUGAGUCUAAUCAUUGAUUUAUAAGCUUGUAUAUUUUAUCAAACUUUUUCUUUUAGUUUCAUUGAGUACCCCACUGUUUUGCCACCUUGGAAUAGACUAAAUAGGGCUUCCUGCCUGACUUCAUACCAUGUACAGAGAGAUCUCUGUAAUACCCUCUAUUAUUUGUCUCCUCCAAAAAUAGUACCAACCUGGUUCUGUUCUGCAGGAGCUGUGCCAGAGGUAGCCACAUGGUUUUCCUCCUCCAGAGACAGGUUGCAGCUAGAAGUGAAGGCAUGUUUUCAGCUCUCCAUUGUGGGUGGCUGAAUAUAUUCUGGAAAUUGCUCUGUCUGACUUGUAUAAUCCGUUUGAAGCUUCAGAAGGCAAAUUAUAUUAUUAUCAUAGUGUAGUCAUAUACAUUGUACAUGUAAAACUUUUGAUAUAAUCAACAGCCUCCACUUAGAGCCUGAGUCUGUGGGCUGUCUCAAACCUGUUUGAUAAUCCUCAACUCCAUCCUGGGGAAGUAACCCAAAGUGUGGUAAAUAUUCUGAAAGGACUGGGAGGUGUCAAAGUGUUAUGUGGUUUUCCUUAAUCAAGGCUAGCUGCCAGAGUAGUUUAGAAGUUGACAGAUUGUCAAGGAAAGUGGAAGAUAGAUGGAAAUGGUAAUGCAUUGAUAAGCAAAAGAAAAGGAUACCAUCUAGCUCUGUGCAUCCAUGUGUUAGCCAGCGAUUGGAUAGUCCAAAGAAGAGCAUGUGUAUAAAGAUGUGUGCAUUUUGGAUAGCUUUGGAUUUGUGUGUACCCUGACAUAUUUCCCCUGGACUAACUAACUGACAGUGAAUAAAGGCUGUCUGAUUCCUAUUUGUUUUUUCUUACUCAUGGGUGAACCUGUAGCAGUGGGACUGGAAAAAGUGUCCCAGGAGGUUGUAACAGAUCCUACAUAGCAUGGUGUGCAGGUACAGCAGUCUGCUUCGUGCUACACAAUACAGAAUUAUAAUCUCAGUUAGUAUUUUAAUAUAAAAUGUCUAACAUGACUUCCCAUAAUGUUUUGGCCAUUAAGGAGGCAGUUAAUUGCCUGUUAUAAUUAUUGCUUUUGCUUUUGUGUUUGUGAGACAUUUCCUUAGCACCAGAUUCUGUAAUUACUGCUCACAUUUAAAAUACCAGUUAGUUUGAAGAAGAGGGACACAAUCUGACCCUAAUGAGAUUCUACACAAAAGCUGAGUUCUCUCUUGGCCAGUAUGGAUUAAAAAUUACUUUCUAUCCCAUGAUGCAUAUUUACGUGUGGAUACAUUUGACCCUGAAGAUUUGAUCCUGCCCAUUGAGAUAGGGGGGAAACACAUCACACAGGCAAGAUCUUGACAGAACUGCCACUGCACAUGUACAAGCGCACUAGUAGUUUCACAAGGCACAGAGCUGUGCGUACUUGAGUGUCAGGGAGUAGAACUGAGCUGUCCAGGUUAAACAGCUUUCAUUGUUGUACAUCAGACGCUGGCACAAAUUAAAUCUCAUUGUAGGAGCAGAAUUUCUGCUGUGUUGGACCAGAUCCUAAUGGAAGUCUCAUUAAAAAAAAAUCACAUGAUGUGCUCAACUUUCACGUGGAUAUUUUCAACAGAUCUGGGAGCUUUAAAAAAUAUCUCAAGUUUCCAGAAUGUAGAAGUCAUUAAGAUUAAAUGCAGAUGAUAUAUUUGCUUAUCAUUUUACAACUUGUCCUGUGUUUCUUCAUUUGCAAUCAGUAAUAUGUGUAAUAGGGUAGGUGUUCAAGUGUAGUCUAGAUGUUUAAGUAUCUGAUUUUUUUAAUAUGCAAGUAUGGUAUAGGUAGAUCCCAAUUUUCUGAAUCCAUUUUAUCCAGACUUCUGUGUGGUUAGUGUUUAAUUCUGCAUCCAAAUCAGUGUAUACAUAGACAUGAUUUUAAUUUUCAAAUGUCCUCUGAGAGCUGUGUAGAGUUACCUAUGCUACUCUGGAGAUCUUCAAAAGGAGACUGGACGCACACCUUGCUGGGGUUAUUUGACCUCAGCAGUCUCCUGCCCAGAGCAGAGGGCCUAGACCCGAUGAUCUCACAAGGUCCCUUCCAGCCCUAAACUUCUGUAAAUCUGUGAAAGCUUGUAUUUAGACAUCUGAUUGAUCUAAACUGAAUAUAUGGAAGGCUGAGCCAAAAAUCUGGUGAUUACAUGAUAGAAGAGAGUACCUAGAUGACUUGCAUAUGUGAUGGAUGUGAAGAGACAAUCUUAAAAUACAGUAACACUUCUCUCUCUCAAAUUGAAAAGGCUGGCUACAAAUAUUAACUAUAAUAAAAAUAGGACCACAUAUUUUUAUUAGAAUUAUCAUUUGAAUUUGUAUUGCAUUGAUUCAGGAUACAGUUUCUUUGACUGACUUAUGAUUUUAUUAGAUUAAAAGAAAAGGGAAACUAUUCUGCUAAUUUCAUUUGAGGCUAAAUAUAUAAAUGACCUUACAACACUUCUGAAAGGGAAGCUGCUUGUAUUAAAAGUUGCUCACCUAACAGUUAGGCACGUUCUUUUUAGGAUUUUAAAUUAAUUUCUCCCAUGUUGAAAAAAUUGUUAAGAAAACUCUUGCAACCUAUAUUAAUGCAUUGUACUCUGAUGCUCAAUAGAUCUGAUCUACGCCAGCAGUUAGCUAUUGGCAUUAGCCAAAAUUUUCAAACUUUUUCUAAAACUACUCACUUAAACCCACAUCUUACCCCCAAAGAAGUUUGCACCCUUGACUAGAAGUGGAAAUAUUUUGUUCUCAUACAUCAAGUGCCAUCAGUUCUGUUUAGGUUGUGACAGAUUUCUGGUUGUACUUGGUAUUUCUGGUUAGCACAUUAUGAGGUUUGAUAUGUUGUACUUUUUGGAGAUUAAGAGACUAAUGGCUAUGUUAGCUCUUGCCAGUUUUUUUCUGUAUUACAUAAAUUGUAAAAAAAAUCUCUAAACUGUUUAAUGUUUAAUUGUGUGCAGUGUUCCAAAAAUGAUUUUUUAUUUCUAAAUAAUUGAUAUCCAUGCACAGCUUGUAAAUAUAGUAUUAGAUAUUUAGCAUGUUCCUAAUUUUUUGCCUUGAGCUUUCAUUUCAUCAUGGGCCUAAUUUUGCACUCUUCUGCCAAAAGUUAAAGUCCAUGAGAACUGCUUGGGUUAAAAAAUAUAGAAUUGAGCCCACUGUGAUUUAAUUGUCAAAUACUGGAAAAGAGAUGUUGGUAAUAACAAACCAAUGUGUUACUGCAUUAGACCUUGCAGCAACACAGAGCUAAGUAAAUUAUUGUGACUAGAAGGACUAUUUUAUAAUCAGUGCAUGCCCUAAAAAUAUUGCUUUGUAACAGCUGUUUUAUACUAAACUGUUGCUGAUGUCACAGUGAGCUUAGCUAUUUAACAAUGACAUAAACAUUUAUAAACCGGUUAUAAUAAAUGCCUUUUUUGAUAUAAAAAUGUUUGGUGUAGACUCUGUAAAGUAUGUCAGUAACUUUAAAGCUAAAAUACCAGCCUCCCCUUCUAACAUCACAUUAGUGCUUCCAGUUGGAGGUAUCUGCUUAAAUUCAAUACUAUGAGUAUACCAGCUGAAGUCAGUGGGACCAGUUCCAUAGUAAAUUUAAGCAUGUGUGCAAGUAUUAGCCCAACUGGGGACUAAAUGUAUGACUUAUAAUGUAUUUCUUUUUAAUGUAUUUCUUAUAUAUUUUAUGUAUUUCUUCCAUUCAUCAAAAUCAUAAUGGAUCUGUUAAGUAUACAUUUAAAUUUAUACUUAAUUGUAACAUAAAUUAAAAACACACCAAAUAUAGCUACUAAUAGGGAUUCUUAUGUAUCUGGAGAAUAUCUUUAAACAUUUUUGUACAUUUACGUUUCUUUGUUGUUUUCUAGUGGAAAAAUCCCUGGGUUUGAAGAAUGUUUUUCCUUUUUUAAUUAUGCCUUGUACACAGUAGUUUGGCUACAUAUUAGUCAUAGGUAUAUGAAGCCAGCCAAGAUAUUAAUAUUUCAAACUUGAUUGCUGCCUCUGUAGUAGUCUGCAUGCCUUCUUCAUGCAGUUUUAGCAGUAAGACUUUCCACUUUUUUAUCCCAAUGAUAUAUCUCUGGUAUAAUUAUAAAACAAUACACAUGGAGUAGGAUAGUAAACCCCUGUACAUCAUAAUAGAUAAAUAAACCUAGUCAUGAAAUGAA